GUACAUUUAUAGUGACGUUAUUGACCUUUCCAACAAUGAUAUGAAAACAAAUAUUGCGAUUUUAGUUGCAGCUGAUGAAUUAUGUCUUAACGACCUGUGUACUUUUAUUGAGGAUUAUCUUCUUGACGACGAAUCAUUAUUAAAACAGAAUUUUGUUCUCAUUCAAGAUGUUAUAACUAAAUUUACCCAAUUUGGUAAAUUGGUCCAAUUCUAUAAUAUUUCUAUUCAACAAGAUCCCUCAUUAAUCUUUAAAGCAGAUGAUUUUGCAACAAUCAAACAAGAAAUUCUUCUUAAAAUUCUUGUGGAAAACAAUCAUUCUGAAAAAUUUAUUAUAGUUUGGGAUAAAUUAUUAGAAUGGGGUAUUGCGCAAUCCGAUGAAUUACCGUCAGAUAUUUCAAAUUGGACGCAUAAUGAAUCCCGCAGAUUUCGUUCAGAAAGUCAAGCCAUUCAAGAAUGUCUUCGAUAUUGA